GACUGUUAUCUGUCAGAGUGACUGUCAUUUCUUUGUUAUCAGGGUAAUUUUUUUAUUUAUAUCACAUUACAUAAUAUUUACUCUAUAAUAAUGUACAUACCUUUUUAUUCUUCUAUUUUCAUUGACAUUUGAGUGGUGUGAGGGUAUUAUUUUUUGGUAAAGUAGGCUGAACAUCCAAUGUUAUCAACCAAUAAUAAUAUUUUAAGGUUAGCUUUAAAGCUUCCCGAUAAGUACCUUACUAAGUUUAUUCCUUUUACUGCAAGGAGGAAAAAAUUAUCAACAAUGGCGGCCAAUUUGAAAUUUAAUGAUCGAGUUGUAGUUGUGACUGGAGCGGGAGCUGGUUUGGGCAGGGCGUAUGCAUUGUUGUUUGCCGAGCGAGGAGCUUCAGUUGUUGUGAAUGACUUGGGAGGGAGUCGCGAUGGCGCAGGGAAAAGUAGCAAUGCCGCUGAUAUUGUUGUCAAUGAGAUCAAGUCAAAAGGUGGAAAAGCAGUCGCUGAUUAUAACUCUGUAGUGGAUGGAGACAAAAUAAUUCAGACAGCUUUGGAAAAUUUUGGAAGGGUUGAUGUCGUCGUUAAUAAUGCUGGAAUACUUCGAGAUAAAUCUUUCGCCAGGAUAAGUGACACUGAUUGGAAUUUGAUAUUUGAUGUCCAUGUGAAGGGCUCAUUUAAAACCACCCAGGCGGCUUGGCCACAUUUCAAGAAGCAAAACUUUGGAAGAAUCAUCAUGACGUCAUCAGCUGCUGGCUUAUAUGGAAACUUUGGUCAAGCCAAUUACAGUGCUGCAAAAAUGGCUCUCGUUGGUCUAUCAAACACGCUUGCCAUUGAAGGUGCCAAGAAUAACAUCCACUGCAAUGUAAUUGUCCCCACUGCGGCGUCUCGGCUCACUGAGGAUAUUCUACCUCCAGAUUUCUUUGCUGAGUUGAAGCCUGAACUUAUAGCUCCUGUAGUUGUGUGGCUGUGCCAUGAAUCUUGCGAUGAAAAUGGAUCAAUUAUAGAUUCUGCUGUUGGGUGGGCAUCCAAAUGUCAAAUUGUGAGAAGCAAAGGCUCGAUCAUCAGGCAUUCUAUCGCGGAUAAAGUGACUCCAGAGUCUGUCCAGAACAAUUGGAGAGUCAUCACAAACAUGGAUAAAGCAUGUAAUCCAGGAUCUAUUCAGGAAGCUACGGCUGGAUUGAUGGAACAUCUGGAAACUAUGAAGAAUCACGCAGACCCCAACACACCAAAGAAUAUCGAGGAAUCUUCAUUCAGCUUUACGGCUAGAGAUGCUAUAUUAUAUGCACUUGGAGUUGGCGCCACAGUGAGAAACGGCGAUGACUUGAGGUUUCUGUACGAGGGACAUGAGGACUUCUCCCCGCUGCCAACAUUCGCUGUCAUCCCAGGUAUGGUGGGAAUCAUGAACUCUGACGUCAUCACAUCAGCCAUCCCCGGCAAAACUAUCGAGUUGUCCAGUAUUCUCCACGGUGAACAGUAUUUGGAGCUGUACAAACCAAUUCCGGCAAGUGGAGAAUUGAACUCUGUCAUUCAUGUGGCUGAUGUCUUGGACAAAGGGAAAGGUGCUGUUAUUCUGUGCAAUGUUGAAACAUUCGAUGAGAGAGGUGAAAAGGUGGCAUUCUGUCAAACGAGUGCCUUUGCCGUUGGCUGUGGUGGUUUUGGAGGCAAGAGAACAUCUGACAAAUCCAUUGCCACAUUUGAUGCACCCAGUAGAGAGCCAGACACUGUUGCCAUUGCUAAAACCAGCGCUGAUCAGGCAGCGCUGUAUAGAUUGUCUGGAGACUUUAAUCCUCUGCAUAUAGACCCUCAAUUCGCAGCCAUCGGUGGAUAUUCUGAGCCCAUUCUGCAUGGACUGUGUUCAUUGGGCUUCUCAGUGAGACAUGUCCUUGCCCAGUAUGGUGGCAACGAUGUUGCUAAUUUCAAAGCACUCAAGGCAAGAUUUUCAAAGCCCGUUACCCCAGGAGAAACACUGAAAACAGCCAUGUGGCGGUCGGGAAACAGGGUUCACUUCCAGACUUCGGUUGUCGAGAGCGGGAAUGUCGUUCUAUCUGGAGCGUAUGUGGACUUUCAUAAAAUAGUCGCAUCCGACAUUGUCCAGAAACUACUAUCAAGCUCAGAGCUUCAGAGCGAAACCAUCUUCUCAGCUAUGUCCGAGCAAGUGAAUGCCAACUUGGAUAAAGUGAAGAAAAUCAACGGAGUCUUCUUGUAUGUCAUUACAAAGAAUGGCCAAGCGGCUGGAAAAUGGACUUUGGAUUUGAAAAAAGGCAAAGUGUACAAGGGUGAACCGGAAAGUGGAGUAAAAGCUGACACGACUCUGACAUGUGACGAUGAUGUAAUGGUUGAUAUUGCAACAAGUAAACUCAAUCCACAAGUAGCCUUCAUGAAAGGAAAGCUGAAAAUCAAAGGCAAUAUAAUGUUGACACAAAAACUAAAGGACUUGAUGAAUGCUCAAUCGAAACUCUAAGAUAACUGACGUACAGAAGACAUCACUUUUCAUAUUCAAUAAGGAGAUGGGUUGAUUAUUUUAAAACUUUUAUGAACUUUCAGCUACUUCCAAAUGUGAAAUUCGUUCUUAUGGAUUUCAUUUUUUUAUUUUUUAAACUCAUAAUGAGAACCAAGACUUGGAGUGGUGGUGUAUAGACUAUUAUUGGUCAGUAUUUUUACAUAGGCUACUUCUGUCAAAUUUAGGUUUAAUUAAUUAAUUCCAAUUGAUUGAAGAGAAUAAAGAUUUAUCAGUUUGGUGGUGGGAAGUACGAAACCAAAAUUACCAACUGAAAUAAUUAUCUAGACGAAAAUUAAGAUAACAUUAUCUAUAAAAGCACAAUCAACAAAUACUUAUCAUUCAUUGGAACUCCAGAGAAAAUAAUAUGUCUUUAUGCAAGUGAUAUGCCACAUCUAAAUAUGAUAUUGAUUAUCAUUCGUUGAUUUCCAUCCAAAUAGCAAUGUGGCACAAGGAAUUAAGCUGGAACAAAUUAUUCCCUUGACUUGAUAUUAUUGUUAUGAUUCUUUCAAAUACUCUUUUCAUACAUUUCAAAUACAUAUUUAUAUGUUUUAUAUUGUUUCUAUUAUCGAAUUAUAUAUAUUUACGAUUUGUUAAA